AUGUCCAACUUACCACCGGCCCUAGCAGCUCGCCUUGCCAAGCGAGGGAUUAUUCCACAGGCCAAAGUAACACAACCUGAACCUCAAUUCGAAGUUCAUGAGGAAGAAGAAGUCAUUGCUGAGGAUUAUGAUGAUGUUAGCAAGCCCGACUCGAAAGCCAACGUCCCUCAGUUUGAUGUUAAAAUCUGCAACACUGUACCGGGCUGUCCAAACAAGUACAACAUUUACCACAACUGCACCGGCUAUUGUGCGACAAAGUACGCCGAUGUUCCUUUAGAACCUAGCAAGAUGAUUAGAAAAAAGUUUGAGCGACUACUUAAAAAGUAUCCGCUAACUGAUUCCGCUUGGGAACAAGUGUAUGAGCCUGGCUUAAAAACGUUUUACUUUUGGAACACUCGCACAGAUCAAGUAUCUUGGCUGCCACCAUCGCAUCCCGACGCCAAAAUCACUCUGCCAGCUGAAAAAUUACGAAAGCUUCUUCGAGACGAUAUAUUCACUGCUGAGGAAGAUGACGAAGGCAAUCAAAGCCUUGAAGAGGAUGACGAUGAUGACGGCAGCAAUGAGUCCAACGACGAUUCUUCUGAUAGCUCAGAAAACAGCUCCAGUUCAUCUGAAGAAGAGAAGGUAGAAGCGCCCCCAGCAAAACAGGCAAAACAACAGCAUCAGCAGCGACGACAGGCAAUCUCUCGUGUGAAUCAACUCGACCCAAUGGAUCCAGCUGCAUACUCAAAUAUUCCCAGAGGCAAGUGGUCCGAUGGGCUGCGGAACAACGAUGAUUAG